AAAUUUCACAUUAACAAUUCCAAUAUAAUUCUAUUAAAUAAUUAAAUAAUUUUUCAUUUCUUGGAGUCCGCAAAACAUUAUAAUUUAAUUACAUUUAGAAAAGUUUUCUAAGUAUAAGAUUUUAAUAGAAAUAUAAAUAACUGUGACUUCAAAACAUGGACUCAUCGAUUCACAGGAUUAUUGUACUAGUUGGAUUCAUUUCUUUAUUUCAUUCCGCAUUCUCAGCAGCGCAGCAUCGUACUUACUUAAGGAUCACUUCACAGGAGUUUACGACUUUACCUUUAGAUAUUGUACUCCAAGCAGUAUUGAGUUUAUUUGCUGUAAUGUGGGGAGUACUGAAUGUAGCAGGCAAUCUCAGAGAAAUACCUGCUGCAGCGGAAUUAAACAACACGAAAUGGGAGACACAACGGAACCUGCCAUCUUUCUACAUAUUUAACCAUAGAGGAAGAGCUUUAGCUUGCAAUUAUGUACCCAGUCCAAGUAAAAGUGAUUUAGACAAUUUAGAAUAAUUGAAAUAAUAGUUAAUUUGCAUUUUUAAUCUGUUUUACAUUGAUUUGCACCAAAAAUAGAUAAAUCUAAAUAAUUAUGAAAAAGGGAAAUAUUGUCUAUGGAAAAAAAA